CGACUUCACGCCAUCGCCGAGCUCGCAAUCAAUGCAUCAUUCCAAAGCAAAUGCAAUGGAGGUGAAAUUUUUCUCUUUAAAUUGCUGGCAAUGCGUGCAUCCAUACACGACAGGUUUACCCCACAUAAUCAAUACCCAUGACCAUCUCCAUAUUCACUACCAACGACCACGCCAGCGGGUAUGCAAAAGGCGUCAAGCGUCACUCGAAACGCUCGUCUGAGCUCAGUUUUUCUACGCGAGCUAUUCAUAUAGGGUCAGAGCCAGACCCCACAACUGGCGCCGUCAUCCCGUUCAUAUCCCUUAGCACGACGUACAAGCAAGAUGAAGUAGGUGUGCACAAGGGCUUUGAAUAUUCUCGUUCUGGCAAUCCAAAUCGUGAUGCAUUAGAGCGUACGCUUGUAGGCCUGGAGGCAGGCGCAGGACACGCUAUCGCGUUUGCUUCGGGCAGCGCGACGACAGCGACUGUCUUGCAGUCUCUAGGUCCAAACGCGCACGUCCUAAGUGUGAACGAUGUCUACGGCGGUACGUUCAGGUACCUCACGAGGGUUGCGAAAGAAACUAUGGGUACCGAGUCAACGUUUGUAGACUUGGAGAACACGACAGACAAUGAAAUAUUAGGUGCUAUAAGGGUAAACACCAAGCUUAUCUGGAUCGAAUCACCAACAAAUCCCACCCUCCGACUAAUUGACAUUCCGCGCAUAGUGGGUCUCGCGCGUCGGGCUCCAUCAAAGCCCCUCGUUCUCGUCGACAACACAUUCCUCUCCCCAUUCUAUGCCUCCCCACUCCUACAAGGGGCCGACAUCGUUAUUCACUCCCUCACCAAAUACGUCAACGGCCAUUCUGAUGUCGUAAUGGGCGCCGCCAUCCUUCCCUCCUCGUCCACACCAGACAGAGACUACGAAGGCCUCGUCCAAAAGCUCCGCUUCCUCCAAAAUGCUCACGGCGCUGUCCCGAGUCCUUUUGACAGUUGGCUCGCCCAGCGCGGCGCCAAAACUCUCGCAGUGCGGAUGAAGGCCCACGGUCUGAAUGCACUCCGCAUCGCCUCCUUCCUAACUUCGCACCCCGCCGUCGAACACGUCAUCUACCCCGGUCUAGCCUCGCACUCGCUACACGCCCUAGCACGCACCUCCCUCAGCCCAAACGCGCAACAGUUCCUCAGCACCCUACCUCCAUCGAGCCUUGUGCAUGGUAUACCCUACGGCGGGAUGGUUUCAUUCCGCCUACAUGGUGGUGCAAAGAGUGCAGAAGCGCUUCUGCCGAAAUUGAGGCUGUUUACGCUCGCUGAGAGUUUGGGUAGUGUGGAAAGUCUUGCGGAGUUACCUGCACGGAUGACGCAUGCAAGUAUCCCGCCGGCGGAGCGUGAGGCGUUGGGUAUUGAGGGGCUAGUGCGUUUGAGCUGUGGGAUCGAGGAGGUGGAAGAUUUAGUGGAGGAUUUGAGGGCUGCGUUGGAUGGGCUGGAUGAUGAGGAUAGCGGGUGUGAUAGCGGGUUCGUGACACCGUCCGAUGCGAGUGAUCAUGGUGCGAAUGGGCUGCAUUGAUUGUAGAUUUUGGUGUUCUGGAUAUCCAUUUAGAUAUUGUCCUAAUCAUUUUCGUGCCUAUUGGAUGGUACAUUGCUUUGGAGAUCUGACUUUCAUUGCAUAAUGAGCAGUCGCUGAAUGCAUAGAUCAGAUUUUCAAAAUAAAUAAUUACGAAAACAUCCAUGCAGUUGAUGCCUGGCGUAUGCUCUGGUUGCUGGGUAAUACAAAUGUAUAGCUGCACGUUCAACUCGGGUCCGGACCCUUAAUUUACC